AUGAACGGGAACCCGCGAGAUGAGCUGCAAGAAACGGAACCCAAACGAGUAAAAGUGUACGUGUUGGAAGACAAUGAAUGGCGUGACACCGGUACUGGAUUCUGUGUGGGCCAUUUGGACGGUGCUUGCGUGAAAAACGGUGAAAACGGCGCGUUUUUGGUUGUGACCGAUGAGGAGUUGCCGGACAACGUCCUUUUGAAAUCGAAACUAGAGGGAAAUAUUGAGUAUCAACGGCAAGAAGAGACCUUGAUAGUGUGGAAAGAUUUAACGUGUCGCGACAUUGCGUUGAGUUUCGAAGAAAGCACCGGUUGCGACGCGUUGUGCGAUUUUAUAGUGAAAAUUCAAAAAUCCGUGGAGAUGAACAUAUCGCUGGUUGCAGUGCGAUCAAAUGACGAUGGAAUGGGAUCUGUACACGAAAUUAUUACGGGUCCAGUAAAUUUGCCCUCGAAUGACAAAGACCAAGACGACAAAACCUUGCUGGAGGCGCUACGAAUACUUAAUGAAAAUACGGCAUUUGAGUUUCUACGCAAGGAAACUGUUGAAUUUGUGCUUGCAGUUGGAUACGUGUCGACUUUGGUGCACGUGUUUCAAAAAGCAGAGCAAAAUCACAAGCAUAGAAGUCUUAUUCUGUUGAGCAGCAUUGUAAAGACACUUUUCCUAUACAACCAACGUCAGAUCCUUGAGGAAAUGGUGACAUCUGAAAAUAUUAUCGGAGUGGCGGGCAUACUCGAGUAUGACUUAGAAUAUCCGGACCGUAAGGCUAAUCAUCGCGAGUAUCUGCAACGGUCUGGGUUUCAUUUCAAAGAAGUUGUACCGCUGAAGAGCGAAGAAAUGAAAAACAUCAUCAAAAAGGCAUUUCGAUUACAAUUCCUGAAGGAUGUCGUAUUGGUGAGAUUUCUGGAUGACCACACCUUCAAUUUAAUUUCGGACGUCAUUCUGGAUUUCCAAGCCUGCAUAAUUGACUUCAUACAGAGGGAUUCUUUUCUUACAAGACUAUUUGCACUCUACACUGACACUAGCGUUCCGCUCGAGUCCAAACGAGAUGGAAUAAGGAUGUUACACCAAUGCGUCCAAAUAGCGCAAAAUAUCGACUCUCUCGAUAAAUCCAAAUUUUUCAGAACUCUGGUUCGAAGCGGGUUUUUCGACGUGAUAGAGUAUGCGUUUAACGUUGAAACCGACAGCGGUGUCAGGAUUCUCGCCACCGACAUGGUGAUCACAAUUAUCGAACACGACGUGUUUCUGAUUAAUAGUGUGAACAAUGAAUGCGCAAACAACAGAGACGCUGGUUCAGAUCAAAAUCCAAGCGGCCAGAUGGUAAGUUUGGAGCGUGCCACCUCGGUGUCAUCCGACGUUUCGCUAUUGAUGAUUCUAUCCAAGAUCCUACUGACCGACAAGAGUCUUGGUUUGAAAGAACAAGUCGUUCAAGCUUUGAACACGCUUUUACAUCCAGAAGGUUGCAUGGAAGGAAAUACUGCAUAUCAGGACGAACAAAACGGAGAUCUCGUUCUGGGAUUUUGCAACGAUGCUAAAGAGUUCAAAGAGCACUUCGGUGCAAAUAACAGUCAAGAUCAGACUUUACAAGAUAUCCCACAAAUCCUUGACUAUUUUACCAAAUUUUAUGAAGUUGUGGCGCCUUUUCUGUUCAAGCCGUUAAUGGACCUCACAGUCUUGAAUGAAACUAGUGACGUACUGCUACAACACCUGAUUAAACUCAUCGCAUUUAUCACCACAGAGCACGAUCGCGUGAUUUCGCAGAAAUUUAUCUUGAGCUCUCAGAUUUUAUCAAACUUAGCUACUCUGCUAAGACCUACGCAUACGCUUCAGUUGCGCUUAACUGUUGUGCGCUGCAUAAAAUCAAUACUGCUGCUCGACGACGAGAUAUAUCAGCAAGAGCUCAUGGCGCAGGGCGUUUAUCGCCCCCUGAUGGGACUGUUGGAAGAGAAUAUCAACGAGGACAAUCUGGCCAAUUCAUGUUUACUGGACUUUUUUCAUCUGGUUUCAACCCAUUGUUCAAGGGCUUUGGAAAUGGAUCGUAAUGAAAAAUCGGGGUUUGUUCUUUUGAAUAGGCAUCUCGUCGACCACUAUGAAAGUAUUCUCCAGCAAGUGAACUAUGUGCCGACGAUUUCGAAUAUGAUCAACAUGCGGAACGGUGGUGGCGUGGUGGUGUUUGGAGAUAUGUGUGGAGGUUCGGAAGAGGCUCUUGAUGGUAAAAUUUCAUCGUUACUUCCUCACGUUGAUCCUGGUUUCAAUGAUGAUAACGACUCCGAAAAGAGUGUUACUUUUAAACGGGCAAUGGACAAGUUGAGCGCAGUACCGCCUCCAAUAUCAAUCAAAGAAGACGUUCUAAAAGAAGAAGGAUAG